GUACAUUUAUAAACAUACUUACCGGUAAAGUUGUUUCCGGCACUUCGGCCUUCGGCCGAAUUUAAAUGUUCUAUGAAAAAUUAAAGAAGAUAUAUAACUAAAUCGUAAGAAAUAAUGGAAGAACCUCAUAUAGAUAAUGAAAUGUUUUUGAGCACUGGGUGUUCUAAGUUAGACUCAUUUUUGAGAGGUGGAUUGCCUCGUAAGGGAAUAACUCAAAUAUAUGGAGAAUCUGGUACAGGAAAAACCCAAUUGGCCCUUCAAUUUUGCCUUUCUGCACAAAUUCCCAAAAAUUCAACAGAUGUUGGAGGUGUUGCUUAUAUUUGCACAGAAGCAGCUUUUCCAUCCAGCCGUUUACAUGAAUUAUUUAAAAAGUCCCCUUUGGUGAAGGACUAUGCUAUUUCAAAUGAAAAGAUAUUCAUCGAGCAUAUUUCAAAUACUGAGGGUCUAGAGGAUUGCAUUUUUCAACCUGAUAGACUUCCAACACUUUUAUCCAUGCACAAAAUCAAAUUACUCAUCAUAGAUUCCAUAGCAGCUACUUAUAGAGUAGAGUAUGAUUUAAUGAAUGUAAAAAGUAGAGCUAAAAGCUUAAGAAAAGUAGGCUAUCAAUUGCAAAAAUUAUCAAAAAUUCACGAAAUGGCUGUUGUCUGUAUAAAUCAGGUAACUGCCAUGAUGGGAAACAAUUACACAGAAAACCUUUCCUGUAAAGAACAACCUUCUCUUGGGAUAACUUGGGCCAGUAUGGUCACUAAUUCUUUUUACUUGUACAAAAAGUUCAAUCGUCGAUAUCUUUUCAUAACUGGAUCCCCUUAUUUACCACGUAAAAACAUUGAAUAUGAAAUUAUUGAAUCUGGUAUUAUUGGAAAGGAUCCUUAGAAAACCUUAGAUACCAGCUGCAAGGUCUUUAAUAUCAGAAAAUGCACUCUCAUCCAAGAGUCGUACAAUCGUGCUAGGUCUCCACUGAUUUUCAGGGAUUGAUGAACAAAAUGGAUCAUUCGUUUGUACGUCCAAAUUCUCUAUGCUAUUAUCUAUAAUUAAUCUGUAAAUAUUUGUAGGAUAUAUAAUUUAUAUAAAACUAAGUCAAUUAACUUGUA